AUGGCAAGACCUAUCGAUGUUAAUCAACUGAUUGCCGGUAUAAACAAGAAAAAGGCGCUAGAUAAAGAUAUUUCGGGUAAAAUUAGCAAACCUAAGUUCCUGAGCAAACAUGAAAGAUUUAAACAGGGACAGUUUGAAAGUAAUAAGGAGGAAUUGAAACUCACGAGGGUUAAAAACGUUAAAACAGAGGUCAAACAGGAAGGUUUUCAGGAUGAUAGUGGGCUACAUAAAGCUGAUGAUAUAAAAAAGGAUUCAAGGAAAAAAAGUUCUAAGUUUCAAUUUUCCUGGAAUGAAGGUGAGGAUACUCUAAGGGAUUAUGAUCCUAUUGUUUCAACUAAGGCUAGUGCUUUGUUACGGAAUGGAAAAUAUUCCAAGAUUGCUGCGGAAUCUUCCUACAUGGGGAAGCAUUGGACUGAGAAAUCUUUGAAUGAAAUGAAUGAAAGAGAUUGGAGGAUACUGAAAGAAGACUUCGCUAUUGUUACGAAGGGUGGAGCAGUGCAAAAUCCAAUGAGGAACUGGGAGGAACUUAGUAUUAUACCGGAGGAUUUACUAUGUAUUAUUAAACAGAAACUUCAAUUUUUCUCACCAACACCUAUUCAAAGAAUUACUAUUCCCAACGUUUGUAAUGCAAAGCAACACAGAGAUUUCCUUGGAGUUGCAUCCACGGGUUCGGGUAAAACCUUAGCAUUUAUAAUUCCGAUUUUGAUUAGGAUGAGUAGAUCACCUCCAAGGCCAUCUUCUUUAAAGAUCAUGGACGGACCUAAAGCAUUAAUUCUAGCACCAACAAGAGAACUAGUGCAACAAAUCCAAGCAGAAACAGAAAAAGUCACAAAAAUAUGGUCUAGGGAGAACAACUAUGACUGUCGAGUAAUUUCUAUUGUUGGUGGACACUCGUUCGAAGAAAUCUCGUUUUCUCUAUCUGAGGGUUGUGACAUCCUGGUAGCUACGCCGGGACGUUUGAUCGACUCUUUGGAUAACCACUUGCUAGUGAUGAAGCAGGUAGAAACAUUGGUGUUAGAUGAGGCUGACAAAAUGAUUGAUUUAGGUUUCGAAGACCAGGUAACUAACAUUUUAACAAAAGUUGAUGUCAAUGUUGAUUCUGCAACAAAUAGACAAACCUUGAUGUUUACUGCCACGAUGACUCCUGUGAUAGAAAAAAUUGCAGCAGGAUAUAUGAGAAAGCCUGUUUAUGCAACCAUUGGACUAGAUACUGGUUCUGAACCUUUGAUACGACAGGUAGUUGAAUAUGCAGACAAUGAAGAAGAGAAAUUUAAGAAAUUGAAGUCGGUUGUUAUUAAAUAUGAAUCACCCAUAAUAAUAUUCAUUAAUUACAAACAGACUGCCGAUUGGUUAGCCGAAAGAUUUCAAACGGAAACUAACAUGAAGGUGACCAUUCUACAUGGUUCCAAGUCGCAAGAGCAAAGAGAGCAUUCGUUGCAGUUAUUUCGUACUGGCAAAGUCCAGAUUAUGAUUGCAACGAAUGUUGCCGCAAGAGGUUUGGAUAUUCCUAAUGUUUCAUUAGUGGUUAAUUUUCAGAUUUCGAAGAAAAUAGAUGACUAUGUCCAUAGAAUUGGUAGAACUGGUCGUGCCCAAAGGGAGGGUACUGCAUUCUCAUUCGUCAGUGGUACUGAAGAUGGAACAUUAAUACAUGAACUUUAUAAGUACGUAAAGAAGCAUGAUCCCUUAAAUAGCAAUUCCUUUUCCGAUGUUGUAAAGAAUAAAUACAAUGUCGGCAAAGAGCCCAAAAAUGAGGUUAUAUAUUAA